CAGAAAUCAGCACUAGGCACGCCCACAAGCGGUGUAACGAGCAAGUGUGUGAUUCUGAAUCGGAACCAUGACUGAGAUGGAGGCAGACGUUCAGCCAAAGAAGAGCAAAACCCUUAUCAUACGACAUCUGCCCAGAGAACUCAACAGAGACGAGAAGCAUGAUCUCCUUAAGUAUUUCGGUGCCUCCGCCGUCAGAGUGCUGUCAGACAAGGGACCCCUAAAGCAUAUGGCAUUUGCAAGUUUUAGCAGCGAAGCUUCAGCGUCUAAGGCACUCAACAGACUCCAUCAGCUGAGAAUUCUUGGUCACACGCUUGUUGUUGAGUUUGGAAAGGAUCAGGACAAUGUCAGUGUAUUGAAAGACCCGCCUGUUUCUGACAGUGGUGCUGAGACCCAAGCAGAGAAAGAGAAGAAGGAAAAACCGCAACGCAGUGCGCCCCUGGUGGACAACAGCAUCGCUCCCAAUCUGGGGUUGAAAUUUCAAAGAAACCCGACGCUGAAAUAUUUAUACCCUCCUCCUUCAAGGGGAAUUUUGACAAACAUUACACACACGCUUCUGAGUGUGCCCAAGUUCUACGUUCAAGUUCUUCAUUUGAUGAAUAAGAUGAACCUCCCCAGUCCGUUUGGUCCAGUGACGGCCCCUCCUCCAAUGUUUGAGAUGCCCCCAGGCCCAUUGCCGCCCAUGCCCCCACCCUACCCUCCAGAGAACCCCCCACUUCCAGGGCGUGAGGAGGGGGCGUCAGGGAGCGAAGAAGAAUCGGAGUAUGAGAGUGGAGAUGAUGAAGACAAAGAGAGGAUGAUCAGACUGAUGGGACUUGUUAACCAGCCAUGCAAAAGACCGCUGCGAACAAAGACUUCUUCUAAGAGAAAGAAACCCAGACUAAAGGAUCUCCUGUUUGUUCCCAAACCAGAUUCCCAUGGCACCGCAGUCCUGCAGCCAGAAGACGUUUUCGAGCAACCUCAUGCGCUAGGACAGAAAAAGAUUGAGUUUCAUAUAUCAGCGGAGGUGUCCUCCAUCCUCGAGGGGCCCGAACAGGAUCAGAAGCAGCAUUCCACAGAUGCGACUGAAGACAUGGCUACGACGGAGGCUCCAGCUCAGGAAGCCACAGAAGGGUUCGGGAAGAUCUACCCGAGCGUUCAGGCCCCCAGACAAGAGGAAGACGUAGAGGAAGAUGAGGACAUACCCUCCGAGUUCAUCUCUAGGAGAGAGCUAGAGAGAGGCAGACUCUCCAGAGAUGAGAUAAAGAAAAUGUCUGUGUUUAAGAAUUACGAACCCGGUGAAUCAACCUGCAGACUUUACGUGAAGAAUAUUGCAAAGCAAGUCGAAGAAAAAGAUCUGAAGUUCAUCUACGGCCGGUAUAUCGACAUCUCCUCAGAGGAGCAGAGAAACAUGUUUGAUAUCGUGUUGAUGAGAGAAGGCCGGAUGAAAGGGCAAGCUUUCAUCGGACUCCCGAGCGAGAGGAGUGCGGAGAAGGCCCUGAAGGAAACCAAUGGAUAUGUUCUUCAUGACAAACCUCUCGUAGUGCAAUUUGCCCGAUCUGCAAAACCUAAACCGGAAUCUGCCGAUUCAAAGAAAGGAGGAAAAAAACACUGAAUUCUGAAGGGUGAACGCAUACAUUUGAGAUGUUGCAUCAUAGUACUUCACUCGUGAGUCUACAGGAACUCCAACUUUACAAUAUCCUUUAAAAUAUCCUUUAAAAAAAUAUUUUAGAUUUGUGUUUGUGUGUAGGUUUACAAAUUUCCUUGCGUACUGUAGAUAAUAGAAAAGUGUCUUCUUUCAUAUAAAUAACAAUAAAUGUAUUGUCCAAAAUGCCAAGCAGUGUUUAUUCAUCACUGCCCUAUAACAUAAAACUAUUUUAUUUUAUGCAUAAAACUUAUUCAUUUUCUUUUUUUCCCCUCACAGAUUUUAUUGCGCUGCUGUUGAAUCCUGAUGGGCUGAACCGUUUUUCUCUGAUAUUUUUGCAAUAAAAUAUAAACCAAAUGUUGGUUAUUUCUGUGGUCUGUAA